GAAAAGCGCACGAGAUUUCCCGUGGGAAAACGGGAGCCCCCAGUGGCCGGAGGGUCCUCAAGGCUCCUGAGGCCGGUGAGCUCGCCUGCCUGCCUGCCUGCCUGCCUGCCUGCCGCUAGACUGUCCUCCGACCUACUGUGCCGAGGGGGAGUGACCCGCUUGCUCACUGAGGGAGGCGGACUUGCGCUGGGGCCUAGGGAGGCUCGGGGGCCUUCCCAGAGGCGGUGUCCCCGAGGCACCUCCAUCCAUUCGCUGGACGAAAUUGGUAGGCACCCAGGGUGCGCCAAAUCCCGGGGAGCCUGUGACCCUGUGCUAGACGUGUGCAAGGGUUCCUAAGGCUACGUCCCAAAAGGCUGCGUCCACCACGCUGAAGCUGAGGCCGAUAUCUGUGCCCACCUGACGACCCUCAGGCUCGGGGUCUCCUCACGCGCCGCCGACGGCCGGGGCCGGACUACAAGUCCCAGUGGCCCCCGCGCGCCGCCGCGUCGCCAGCGGACUACAUGUCCCAGCGGCCCCCGCGGCGGCGCGGCAGUGAAUCAGAGGCGCACAGUAAAUAUUUGGAUUCGCCGGAGCCGGCUCGCUAAUGGUGGACGCGUGAGGCCGAGCAGCGCGGCGGGCGGCGGCGGCGGCGCCAUGUCCGUCAACAUGGAUGAGCUCAAGCACCAGGUCAUGAUCAACCAGUUCGUGCUGACGGCGGGCUGCGCGGCCGACCAGGCGAAGCAGCUGCUGCAGGCGGCCCACUGGCAGUUCGAGACGGCCCUCAGCGCCUUCUUCCAGGAGACGAAUAUCCCCUACAGUCACCACCACCAGAUGAUGUGCACUCCUGCCAACACCCCCGCCACGCCCCCCAAUUUCCCGGACGCUCUCACCAUGUUCUCCCGGCUCAAGGCCUCCGAGAGCUUCCACAGUGGCGGCAGCGGCAGCCCGAUGGCCGCCACGACCACGUCACCCCCUCCACACCUUCCCCACACGGCCAGCGGCAGCUUCGCAACCCCUGGCUGGCCCUUGGCCACCUCGCCCCCGGGAGGGACGCCGCACCCGCCGCCGCACCCGCCCCUCUGGACUCCUACAGCCCCUGCCCCGGCGUCAGACCGGCCACCCCUGGCCCCCCAGCAGGUCGCUUCAGAACCGAGGGCCCACCCCACCAUGGAGGCCGAGAGAUAAGGGAGGCCCCUCCCCCUCCCCGGGGCCAGGACCCCGUGGGGCGGGGAGAGGACAUCUCUGCGGGACCCCUGCACCCUCGGUCCCUGGAGCCCCAGAGGAGAUGCCAGCCAGGUGCAGUGUGUAGUGGCUCCGGGCACAUAGGGUGGCGUGGGCUGGCAACACCCACCUUGCAUGGAUGUGGCUCGGGCCACAGGACAGAACCCGAGAGGAACGGCCUGCCCGCCCGCCGCUGGGCCACCCGGAGCUCUGGGGCUUGGAGCCUCGCAUGUGUGUGUGCAGCCUGUAUUUAUGCGUGUGUCGCUCUUCAAGACGCCUAGUGUGGGGGCAGCCGGACUUUGCAUGUUAGAGUGAGCCCCCAGCCCCUGCCCGCAGCCCCGCUCCCCUCGACGGCCAGCCUUGCUCUUCCCUGCAGAGGAUUGUGGGAAACUCCAGGACCUUUCCCUCUCAUUCCUCAGUGCCUGCCUGCUGGGGUUGCCCGCAUGCCUCCCCCAGAGCCCUGGGGGCUCCCCAUGCCCACCCCUCCCCCUUUGCAACAAAGGAGAAGAAAGUUCCCACCCACCACUGGCUCUGUGGUCUUGCCUGGGAUCCUGGGCCAGCUGGAGCAGGAGGGCACCCCUGACCCCCCUGGCUUCACGUUGCCAUCUUGCUGUCUCUUCCCUCCUGUCUUUUAAACUGUCACCAGGGCUGUCGCUGCUAGCCACUGCUCCCAGCACCAAUUUUUCCUUUUUUUUUUUUUUCUCCUAUUUUAUUUGGUAGGACAAAGAAAUUGAGGGAAGGGGGAAAUAAUGGGGAGAGAAAGAUACCUGCAGCCUUGUUUCACCGCUCAUGAAGCUUUCCCUUGCAAGUGGGGGGCUGGGGCCUUGAACCCACAGCCCUUGUGCAUGGCAGUGUCUGCACUCAACUGGGUGCACCACCAUCCGCCCCUUUCACUAUCUCUACUAUAUGUUCUGGAACCUCCCUGCCACCCAGACCUUUCCCAGGAAGUUAGUGUUCCCAGUCCUGGCCUUGGAGGCAGCCUGGAUUUCACUCAGGACUUUCCUCCUGUGGGCCCCAGUGGGGACCCUCCAGCCAGUGUGCCAGGGGUAGGGGUGAGGGUGAGGGAGACAGUGACAGCUGGACAGAGUCCACCCAACUUGCAGCCCAGUGUUGUGGGCAACACUGAGAUGGGCCAGCCAGGGUGGUGGCUGGUAGAGACACGCUGGACCACCACCUUGCCCAUACCAGGAUAGAGGUCUGGGGGCAGUCAAGGGAGAAGGCAGCUUGGGUCUUUGCAGUGCCCGGUGCAGGCCUGCCAGGCUCCCCUUUGGAAGUCCCCGCCCACGGCCCUGUUCUGGCUCCCAGGAGGCCCCUGACCUGACCUGUUGGAUGGGACAUGAGCAGCCAGAUCUCUCCAUCCUUCUGGGGAGCAGUAGUCUCAGGAAGGCCACAUCCUCUGUGUUUGUGGAAAGGCACUGACUGAGGCAAGUGCCUGGGUCCUCCUGGCCAGCUGGUCACCAGGAUCCCUGGAGUCAGAGCCGGGAAGCGCCAUGAGUUUGUGCUCCUGGAGGCAAAGGGAGGCUGCACCCAGCAGGCGAGCUGCACUUGGCCUCUGGGUGCCGCCCACAGCCCAGCGGCACCACCACUGGGAGCGUGAGUCUCCACUCCAGCUCCACUUGGAGAAACGGUCUCAGCUUCUUCACUCAGUCGGAUCUGUGGGAGCAGGCAAAGCCCACGUUCUUGGGUGCCACCAGGGCUGGGUCUGGAGGUGGGGGGAAUUGGAGGUUCUGGGUGUCCAACCUGGGAGCUGCUUUUAUUGGGCCUGGUAUUUCUCUGCCUGGAGGUCCCUAUCCAGUGCCAGGAACACCCCCACUGACAUCAGAAAUGUUCAAGCCCCAACCCUGGACCCCCGUCCCCAUGGCUGAUGUGUGGAGAACCUCCCGGCCACCACGCCAGCAAAGCAGGGACUCCCGGGGGGAGCCCUAAGAUGUUCCACACACCCCAAGAUCCAGGUGCUCAACUUGUGAAUAAACUGAGAUCCACUUGACUG